CAGAUCCAAAACGCGAUCACAAAUCUCAUCCCCAGAGAACCCAGAGAGAGAGAGCGAUAUCGAAAAUCAAAACUCUCUCCUUUAUAUAUAAUCCAAUUUACAAAUCUCUUUCCCUCUCUAAAAAUUUCUCAUCUUUGUAUAAAAAGCCUACGCCUUUUUCAAAUCAUUCACCUUCCUUUCGCCUUUUUGGGGGAAUUUCUUUCAGUCUUUUGGGUUUACGAAACCCUAGAUUUCGAAAUUCCGGAUUGCUAACUAGCGAAAGAGAAUGGCUGAUCAAGGAAUGGAAGGGAGCCAGCCAGUUGACCUUACUAAGCAUCCUUCAGGGAUUGUUCCUACUCUUCAAAAUAUUGUCUCAACAGUGAACUUAGACUGCAAGCUUGAUCUUAAAGCCAUAGCUUUGCAGGCUCGGAAUGCUGAAUAUAACCCUAAGCGUUUCGCUGCUGUAAUCAUGAGGAUCAGAGAGCCAAAGACAACAGCGUUAAUUUUUGCUUCUGGGAAAAUGGUGUGUACCGGAGCUAAAAGUGAACAUCUUUCAAAGCUGGCUGCAAGAAAGUAUGCUCGGAUUGUUCAAAAGCUUGGCUUUCCUGCAAAGUUCAAGGAUUUCAAGAUUCAGAACAUUGUAGGCUCAUGUGAUGUCAAAUUCCCCAUUAGGCUUGAAGGUCUUGCAUACUCUCAUAGUGCUUUCUCAAGUUACGAGCCUGAGCUAUUUCCAGGAUUGAUAUAUAGGAUGAAACUGCCAAAGAUUGUAUUGCUUAUUUUUGUGUCAGGAAAGAUUGUCAUAACUGGAGCCAAGAUGAGAGAAGAAACCUACACCGCAUUUGAGAAUAUCUACCCAGUUCUUACAGAAUUCAGGAAGGUCCAGCAAUAAUAGUAUAGCCUACAAAAUUGAAAGCAAAACCCAUGUUCACGUUUGGAUUGCCAUGAACUAGAGAUCUCGGGUGGUGGCAGGCGCUUGGUGAGGUUAUUAUCCUUGGACAAGAACUUGAGAUGAUUCAGAUUCAAAACCAGAAAUUGUAAAUACAGAAUGGAGAUGCCAAGAAAUCUCUUUUCUUUUUUUUUUUUUGUUCUAAAAAUGUCUUCCAAGUAUCUUGUUUCCUGUUCUGUUUGUUUCAGUGAGCAAUACUCAAUCAUUAAAGAGUUACCUAGUUCUUUGCUAAUUGUGCUGUAAUAAGACACCAAGUCUGUUUUCCCUUUAAUAUACUCUUUCAACAAUUUGCA